GGGACCCCCUCCACCGCGCCCCACCUGCACCCCGCGCCGCCCCGCGGUCCGCGGCUGACCCGCUUUCCGGCCUGCGGGCCCCUGGAUCCCUACCUCCCCGAACCCGCCAAGCCGCCCGUCAAGUACCUGCAGGACCUCGGCUCGGGCCCGGCGCUCAACGGCGGCCACUUCUACGAGGGCCCCGCGGAAGCUGAGGAGAAGGUCGCCAAAGCUGCCAGCUUUCCUCCGCUACCCUUGGACUGCCGAGGGGCCCCCAGAGACGGGGCCUCUAACUUGCAAGGCUCCCCAGGCCCCUGCCUGGCCAGCCUGCGUGUGCCCCUGUCCCCGGGACUCCCUGACUCCAUGGAGUUGGCCAAGAACAAGAGCAAGAAGCGCCGUAACCGCACGACCUUCAGCACGUUCCAGCUGGAGGAACUGGAGAAAGUCUUCCAGAAAACCCACUACCCUGACGUGUACGCCCGGGAACAGCUGGCCCUACGCACGGACCUAACGGAGGCCCGGGUACAGGUCUGGUUCCAGAACCGCAGGGCCAAGUGGCGGAAGCGGGAGCGCUACGGGAAGAUCCAGGACGGGCGGAACCCCUUCACGUCGGCCUAUGACAUCUCCGUGCUGCCCCGGACGGACAGCCACCCCCAGCUGCAGAACACCCUGUGGCCCAGCGCAGGGCCUGGCAGCCCUGGGGGCCCCUGCCUCGUGUCUCCGGAGGGCAUCUCCUCCCCGUGCAUGUCUCCAUACUCUCACUCUCAUGGGAACGUGGCCGGCUUCAUGGGGGUGCCGGCCUCCCCCAGAGCCCACCCUGGCAUCUACUCCCUUCACGGCUUUUCCCCCGCCCUGGGGGGCCACAGCUUUGAGCCCUCCCCGGAUGGCGACUAUAAGUCUCCAAGUCUCGUGUCGCUCAGGGUGAAGCCCAAGGAGCCACCCAGCCUGCUGAACUGGACCACGUGAUUGGCCUCGUGGACACAGACUGAGCGGUCACCACCAUUUCCAUUCCCAGCUGCUCCCACCCCAC